GAUAUAUGUAUGACAUUGUGAUAUGGGUGAGAGUUUAAGUACAUUUCUGUCAGACUAUUGCCACCCACAUAUUGUUGCUACAAAUGUCAGAGCUUUCGUGAGUAGGAAACGAAGGCGUGAUGAAACUGAGGAUGAAGAUAAUGAUCCCGAUAUGAUGUUGGAAAAGACCCUACAUACACCAAAAAAGAAGAAGCUUGUAUCUACUGCCCAGUACAUAUACAGGGCUUUGUUCAAGGAAGGGAAUAACAGUGAUGUUACAGUUAUAGCUUUGGGAAAGCCAUGGAAAUUACAUAAAGUAUACCUUUGCCAGAGCCCAUAUUUUUCCAGUAUGUUUUCUGGAGCUUGGCGAGAAGCUAAAGAAGACAUUGUAGAAAUUAAAGUCGUAGACCCAAAAAUCAAUCUUGAUUCUUUGUGCACAGUUCUGGGGUCCCUCUACCUUGAUGAGAUCACUCUGGAACCAAUUGAAGUGGUACCGACACUAGCAACAGCAACUUUAUUUCAGCUGGAUGGAAUCAUAGAUCAGUGUACAGAGAUCAUGAUUGAAACUGUGAAUGCUGAGACAGCAGUUAAAUAUUAUGAUGCAGCUUAUGAGUAUGGAGUUAAAAAAGUGAAAGAUGUGGCAUUUAAAUGGCUACUCAUCAAUCUAUUGAGUUAUUUCCCAGAGCAGUCGAAAAACCUCCGUGAAAUCAGCGUUGAUCUGAUGGAGAAGCUGAUUUCUAACCCAGACCUGUUUGUGAUGCAGACAGAGUUCUCUAUCUAUGUAUUGCUCCGAUUCUGGAUGUUUCUGCAGCUCCAUCCUGAACGAGACUCUUCAAGAGAGAGCGUUCUGGAAGCACAGCAGUAUUUUCAGAAUCGGAAAGAUGAAGAGCCGUUCCUAGUAACCAGAGAAGGCAAGCGCUUUGCUGGUCCAUUUGAAGCCUUGAGACUUCAGCACCUAGUGAAUCACCACCUGGAUAUCGAUAUGCUGAAAUGCGAUCGAAUUGUUCCACAGGAUUGGCUGGCUCCACUUGUGUCACAGCAGUGGUACCGCAUGUUGAGGCUUGACCAAGGCCUGGACAGGGGGCCUAAAUCAAUGGGAAAUGAAGAGUUCUGCAGAGACUGUGUUCGCUGUGGGAGAACAUUAGUGAAUGCAGGUGAACAUGUUUGGAGGUGGACUGGUUUUAACAUGGGACUCGACCUGAUCUGGUCGUGCAGUACUCAUACCCUUCGAGUGAAAAGGAAUCAUCACACAGAACAUGAGGUGAUGCUGAGCAUGCAGUCUCGAAGACAUAUUCUUUGCAGGGUGACGUUAGUGUCUCUAAAUGAACAAAGACAAGUGAAGCACACACAGUCCACUGGUCUAAAGAGCCUGUCUUUGUUCAAGAAUGAGGAGGUGACACUGCUGGUGCUUGACAAAGAUCUCACAUACCCAUUGCUUCUGUCCGUCAAUCUGCUGUUCAGUUCCCCUGUUACUUCAUCCCAAGAAUCAGGUUUGACGGAUGGCCUUCCAUUGCCAUCACCAGCACAAAUUGUCAUCCAAGAACGUUAGCCAUGUGAGGAAUUUUAACGAAUUGAAAUCCAUGAAUGCACAUCUUGAAAAGAAAAACUAUCCUGCACAGAAAACAAAACUUUAUAUACAAACAUAUUCUUUCAGUUUUUAAAAAUUCUAAUUGAAAAUUUCUCCCAUAUGGAGGUGGGCUAGAAUACCUCCAUCAUAGCCCUGUGGGUCAUAGAAGGGGAUGAAAAGGGAACCUGGUGGCUGGGGUAUAAUCCUGUCACUGGGGGACAUAAAUACAGAGACCUGGGCCUCCAGGUUGGGCAUUGCACACAAGGUUUAUGACAUAGCUCUGUAAAAACAUUA